AUGCCUCCCCACCGCCGCUCGAGCUCCGGCUACAACGGUGCGCGCGCGCGUCCGAACGGGUCGUUCUACGCGGAGAUCCGGAGCGGCAAGGAGCGCAUCGGGCUCAGCACGUUUGAGACGGCGCACGAGACGGCGCGCGCGUACGACGUGGUGGCCUGGCGCCUCGGCCGUCCUAGGCGCUUGAUGAACUUCUCGGAUGUUUGGACGCGGCAGCAGGCGGAAGACCUCGCACCGGCGCCGCAGGCUGUCACGCAGGAGGCGAGGCAGCGGCAGCGCGAGCUCGGGCAACGCUUCCUCGUCACCGAGCGGGACAAGCGACUACGCCUCGAGUGGGCGGGGCGCUUCCUGGAGGACGUGGCCGCGGAGGUCGCCUUCUUCGCCGAGAAGUAA